AUGUCGACAAAUUCGUCCAUCCGUGCUGUGUCUCCCACCCAGGUGGAGAGUGAGCCUCCAGCCAAGCGACGAAGGCUGCUGCAAGAUGAGGAUGAAGCUGUUGAAUUAGGAACAUUGGUUCCUGAUGAAAGUAGCCAUUCAGAAGAUGAAGAGCCUACUUGGUCUUAUGCUCAAGCUCUGAGCAACACGUCCAAUCUCCUCGAGCUUCCUUCGGCGCGUUCCUUCAAGGAACUGCUUUUUUCGGUCAUUAAAAGCGAUGAUAAGAGGGAUGAAGUCAUUAAGUUUGCCAGUUUGCCAGCUCUCAACGUCGCCGAGAGCCAGGUACCUGUCACCGAGUGGCACGGCAAGGAAAAUCGAGCGGACUGGGAUGUGCAUUGUCCCGAAAUCGAUUCUGCCUGGAGAGACUUUGUCAAAGGCGUCGAAGAUACAGCGGACGGCAGCGUGAGGAUUGAUGCCAUGUCCGCGCCGUCUGGCCCUUUGAGGUCUAAGGCAACAUUCUUGUGGCAUUAUCCGACGACAACCUUACUGCAUGGCUUGUCGCAAAACGACCGCUUCAUUUUCACUGUCGGAAAGUGGGCGCAUGUUGCGUUAAAGAAACUCUGGACAAGUACUGGCAAAACAAUCGAGGACGUCGCACUUUCACUGCCAGCCGAAAUGUUCCACACUAAGCCAAAACUGUGCCUUGUCAAGGACUCGGAUAGCAACAUCGUGCAGUUGAUCAUACCGGUAUACCAUGGCCAAUUCGCCUUCAAUAACUUCCGAGAGAAGGUUGGUGCCCAGUGGGACUUGAUCUACAACGCCGGCUGCGAGCUCGCAGAUAUACCCGUUGUCAAUCCUGGACUGUUUACGCGGAUGUCGAAACGCGAUCCACUCAAGUCGAUACUUCAGGAUCGCGACAAUCCCUGGCAAUCAUGGCGUGUCGACCGGAUCAUGGCAAUAAGUUACGAAUCUGGGAAUAUUAUACCAGCGCAAGUAGUUAUUACGGCGUUUGCGCACAUUGUGAAGAGUCUCCCAGAAUUGGAGAGAGAAAUCCUAGCCUGCGAGGAGCGUGGGCAUCCACCGAUCGCGGCCCUCAGCGACUACUUUGUCAAAAAAAACCAAACUAAGGCGGCUAAUGCUAAUCAGAGAAAGGCGAAAGAGGCCGCUACCGAAGCCGCCGAAGAUGGUGAGGUUGGAGCGCCCAGUGGAUCUCGCUACAAGAAGCGAGUGUUCGCCGACCGGUCGGCGAACGGAAGUUAUAAACAACUUAUAUCCAAAUACAACGCCAUAAUGAACACCUACGAGGCAAAGACAGCUCUGGCCCAGAGGCAUAGUCCAGAUAAGAAGCACCGCAUUGCGCUUGGAAUACGUCGGCUGGACAGAUUGACAAAGAUUCGAGAUCAGUAUAUUGAGGCUCCCACGAGAGCGUUCAGCACUGCCCUCACCCAAGUUGCGAAUUGGAAGAGCAAGGCGUACCCUGACGGUUUAGAGUUUGCCGUGGAAGACACUCGUUGGCCCAACGAGGAGAGCCCCUUGGUCUACGUUCUAAACAAGGCCUUGGGAAACACCCAUAAUAAACCUUUGGCCAGGAAGGUCGAAGAGAUUGAAGAUGAAGCUUCUUAG